AAUUUGAAUGCUCUAGGCAAGAUGGGCGUAAAAAACUCAAGCCCAAUGCUGUGCCAACUCUUUUCAAUGUGCCUAAUCCCCCACAACUGUUGACCCCACAGCGUCUAAAAGGCAUUGGUUUACCAAAGCACCGUUCAGUUACAUCCAAUUUUUGUAAUGGUGGCUUGCUGCACAGUUUACCUUUAUCAACUGAAGCGAUUUCUGUUGCUGAACCAUCUGUUGUUUGUUUGCAAGAACAAGCUUCAACUUCAUCUUGUGAUAAAAUGCCAUCUAUUUGUGAAGGAUCUCAUGUUUGUUUGCAAGAACAGCCUUUAGCCUCAUUUUGCAAUGAAAUACCAUCUAUUUGUGAAGGCUCUGAUGAUGUUCUUUUAAGGAAUUUUAUAAAACAGCAGACUGAAUUGAUCUCGCUUCUGCAAUGCCAGAACAAAAUAUUACUGAAAGAACUUACAGCAACCAAAAAAAAUGAAAUUAAUGUUUUAAAAAAAUGGCAUAGCACUGAAAUUCAACUUCAUGACCUUCAAGUACAGCAUGAGGAAUUGCUGAAAGGAGUGAAAACAUUUCUUUCAGAUGAACAAAUAGCAAUGUUGAAAAUUCCUCGUAGAAGCAUUGCAAAAUGGUCUAACGAGGGAAUAAUAAAAGGCCUCAAAGUUAGAUUUGCCUUGGGCAAGCAUGGUUAUAAUUACUUGCACAGAAUAGGUUUUCCGUGCCUUCAUACAGCACUUUAAAUAAAAGACUUCAAGGUCUUGAAAUGAAUUUUGGAGUCAUCAGUGAGAUGAUUGAACCUUUGAAAAUUAAAGGAGAAAAAAUGAAUGCUAGUGAUAAAGACUGUAUUUUAUCAUUGGAUGAAAUGGAGAUUUCUGGCAAUCCUGAUUUUGAUAUUUCAAAACGUAAAUUUAUUGGUAAAUGUACAUUAGGAAAUCAAAAGGGUGCAGGAAAUCACUAUUUAGUUAUUUUACUAAGAGGUUUGAAGCUGAAAUGGAAGCAAGUGGUUGCCCAUGAGAUAACUGGACAGGUAACAGGAUGCCAGCUCAAACAACUUGUUGUCAAUGUUAUCGAAGCUGUCAAUUCUGUUGGAUUUAAUGUUGUUGGUAUUGUUAGCGAUAUGGCAGCAGUAAAUAGAAGCCUGUGGAAUUCUUUGGGAAUAUCUGUUUCUCGAAACCAAAGAAAUAAUUUCACUACUGAAAUUAAGGGCAAAAUUAUUUAUGUAUUUGCAGAUGUGCCACAUCUUUUAAAAAAUCUCUGGUCUGCAACUCUUAAUCAUAGUAUAAAACUGCCCAGUUAUGUUUGCAAUAAAGAAAAUUUGGUUACUUUGCAUGUAUCUGCAGGAUUUAUAAAAGAUAUCUGGAUUACUGAAACAAACCAAAAUUGUGGUUUGAGAACUAUGCAUCAUCUCAGCAAAGAAGACCUCUUCCCCUCACAUUUUGAUAAAAUGAAUGUUGCUUCUGCUGUGAGGUUUUUUUCCAAUUAAAACAGCUGUGGGAUUGGAGAAGG